UUGUUAGAACUGGUCAGUGAUCCUCCAAGGCGGCCAUGGCAGAGCCACAACCCGCGCCUAGCGGCCUCACGGAUGAAGCCGCCGUUAGCUGCUGCUCGGACCCGGACCCCAGCACCAAGGACUUCCUAAUGCAGCAAACGAUGCUGAGAAUUAAGGAUCCUAAGAAGUCCCUGGAUUUUUAUACUAGGGUUCUUGGACUGACGCUACUCCAAAAGUUUGAUUUUCCUUCGAUGAAAUUUUCGCUCUAUUUCUUGGCUUAUGAGGAUAAGAAUGACAUCCCUAAAGAUAAGAGUGAAAGAACAGCAUGGACGUUUUCCAGAAAAGCUACACUUGAGCUGACACACAACUGGGGCACCGAAGAUGAUGAGACCCAGAGUUACCACAACAGCAACUCAGACCCUCGGGGAUUUGGUCACAUUGGGAUUGCUGUCCCUGAUGUCUACAGUGCCUGUAAACGAUUUGAAGAGCUGGGAGUCAAGUUUGUGAAGAAACCUGAUGAUGGUAAAAUGAAAGGUCUGGCAUUCAUUCAAGAUCCUGACGGCUACUGGAUUGAAAUUCUGAAUCCUAACAAAAUAGCAGAGAUUAUUUAGCUCUGCAAGAAUGCUCUUUGGGGUGUCGGUGAAGGUGGGGACAAGAAACAGCCGCAUGAUACAAGAUGUGAAGGCACCGGAGGCAUCGAGAACUGAGGGAUCUCUGCUACAGUUCAGGCAUUCUGAAAUCCUUUUCAUUAUCCUGUUUCAGGGCUUUGUUUUUCUUUCUUUUUUUUUUUUUUUUUUAAUUCUCCCCUCGUAUUUAGUUAACCCAAUUUUUAAGUACCAGUUUAUCUUAUGACCUUGACAAAGUUGUGUGACUUGACUUUUUAGAUAAUAAUUAGUAACAAUUCCCUCCCUCAGAGACCACAUCUGUUAUAGCCUGUUUCUUAAAUACUUCUCGAAUGUGGUUUUGAUUCAUCAUUUAAAGUUUUGUUUUAAAUGUUUCUUUUUCUUUUUGGGGGCUGUUACCUUCUGGGGUUUCAAUUCCUCAGAAAUAACUUUUCAUAAUGGAAAGUAAAGAACACUGAACAGGAAUGAAACUUCAUAUGUACUUCAAACAGCAUAGUGUUUAUUUUACAAAAGAGGAGGCACUCUUGAGAGCAGUUCUGAAUCAUGCUGACAAGGACACGGAUAGAAAUACUAAUUUUUUUCUUUUUGUAUAUAUAAAGUACCUUCAAAGUUCAAGGACUAACUUUAUUUUUCUGGGAACGUGCAGAAGGAGGGGAUUAGUAUUACUGGGUAGACAAUGGGCUAGGCUGCAGCAUACUUCAUGAGUACUGUAGCUACCAUGUGAGAAAACAAGCAGCUAGAUACAAAUUGACCUGGUUGUGUCAUCAUUUUUAGUAUCUGGCUUUUAUGUCUCAUUGUACCUCCUGUGUUAGUCUUCUACUGUGAAACCUGCAGUGAGUGAGUGGCCUUGUGCCCUUUGCUCCUGGGCAUAACAACCACAGUGAAAGAAGUAUGGAAGUCUAUGGUGCAGGCCCUUCUAGGUGACACUGUGUGUGAGGCUCACAUGAGUCUUCCCCACCCGAGGUCUUCAUGUGUUCACUUAGGAUAAAUUAUUUCCAGUGAUAACUCAGAUAUCGGGAGUUAGCUCAAUGGUCUACCCUGCUGACUGAUUGACUGAUGGAUUUCUAAGAGGCAUUUUGAAAACUUAUAGUCUGGAAGAUAAAACCCACUUUGAGGUCAAGCUACAUUGAAGUUUCCUGCAGGCUGCAGUGGAAGAUGUCUGAAUGGGUGAUGUCAACUGUUACCCCACCAGAAGCACUUUGCUUCUUUUUGGGAUGAAAUGAAGUUAUGUGAGCAGUUUAAACAAAUCAUUGACUGAAAUAAACCUUUAACGCUGUUUAGUAUGUAAAA